AUGGCACAUAACUCUCUUGAACUAUCACCAGCACCCACCAAAGCUAAUCUAAGAGCUUGGUGGAGACAAUUCACAGCCAAGAAUGGUAGUAGGGAUGAAAAAGAUAGAGCAAUAUUUGGAGUUAAUCUCACGGAAGGAUUAGAAUAUGCCAAAGUACCUAUAUGCAUGGCUGAACCGGACGGAACUCAAAAUGAAUAUGGAUAUAUACCGACAAUUGUAGCUAAAUGUGGAAAGUUUUUGAAAGAAAAAGGAAUAUUUCGUUUAAGUGGGUCGGCUAAAAGGAUAAGGGAAUUACAAACAAUUUUUGAUUCACCUCCAUUAUAUGGAAAGACAUUAACCUGGGAGGGAUAUUCAGUUCAUGAUGCGGCAAACGUAUUACGGAGAUAUUUAAAUCAUUUACCAAAUCCUGUAAUUCCACUUCAUUGGUAUGAAGCAUUUCGAAAAGAAAAUCAACAUUUAUUUCUUUACCUUCUCGAUUUACUUGCGGUUUUUUCAGCUAAAUCUACACAAAAUUUAAUGCCAUCCAAAAAUUUGGCAUCAAUUUUUCAACCAGGAAUUUUAUCUCAUCCCGCUCAUGACAUGGCACCUGAUCAAUAUAAAUUAUCACAAGAAGUAGUAGAAUUUCUUAUAGAUUAUCAAAUUGAUCCACCAUCUAGAUCUUCUAUGUAUGAAGAAGAUGAUGAUUAUAAUGACAAUCCAUUUUCUGACGUUCAACAAUCAGAAAUUGAAAGAAAACCUUCAAUAAAAGAUUCAUCAUCGGCAUUAAAUCGUAGUGGAUCUGGUAAAUUAGUAAGGAGUAGAACGUUACCUAGUAAAAAAACUAAAUUUGAUCGGGAAAGAAAGGAAAGAAAUGAAAACAAUGAAAAAAAUGAAAGCAGUGAAAGAAAUGAAAACAGUGAAAGAAAUGAAAGCAUUGAAAGAAAUGAAAGCAUUGAAAGAAACGAAAGUAUUGAAAAAAGUGAAAGAAGUGGGGUUGAAGGUGGUUCAACUAUUAUUGGUGAUUUUUCUUAUCAUCCCGUAACAAAAACAACGAAACCUUCAAGAAAAUUAUCAAGGUCAUCAUCAAGAAAAUCUCAUCGGAAUGUAGAUGUUGAAAAUCAAAGGAAGCUUUAA